CUGCCGAUAUUUCCCUCGUUCGUUGCUCUUGCUCAGCUUCAUUCCACCAUUCCCAAAGCAUUCCUGCUGCUGUGUGUUGGCCUGGCACUAUUCGGUCUUGCUCACGGAGCCAUGCUGAGAAACGAAGAGAAAUGGAAGCCCUUCAACAACCCCAGAAACCGAGAUCUGUUUUUCAGAACCCUUCGUGCAUAUUUUAAGGGAAGAGGUCUUGGUGUUGGGAGGUUCCUAAGUACUUUCAUCAUGAAUGAGAAUCCCAGACCUGUGUCUUUUGAAUCAGAAUUUAUUGCUUCUGCGUUUGCAGAUUAUGAGGAGCAGAAAAACUCCUUUCCCAAUUUCCUCAAAUGCUGACUGUUUCUUCUGAGCACAGGUUCUGGCUGUUUUAGAACUACAGGUGAAGCUUCUCAUUAAAAAAUGUUAAUCAUGUUCAUGGCUAAACAUUUUUUCCCUCUACUUUUAUUUGUCAAUGUGUAAUGAUUUUAUUCUACAUUUCCAGAUUUACAUAUAAAUAGAUUGGCCCUUGGGACAUAAUCUGACUCAGGGGUCUAUUUCUGGAGUUUUUUUUCCCACUCUAUAACCAUGAACAUUGAUGAAGAACACUGCGGAUAUUUUGUAUGAGGUACAAAACAUAACGAAUCAAAAGAGAUGAUGAUCUUCUAAAUUACAUGUUUACUUGAAGCUUGCCUUUAAAGCUUGUCUUGUAUGCUUAUUACCUGUUAUCAAUCAUUGUUUUUAUUUCAAAGGGACUUUGCAAAUUUUUACUACAGUUCAUCAUAUGUAAUAGGGGUUUAGGCUUAAAAUUUGUCUUCUUCCUAAAGGGGAGAUGCAUUCCCACUUUCAGCAAUAUGUUAUUGAAAGAUCUCACAAACUAAGUUUCAUACCAAGGGAGAGUAAGUGAUAAAUAUCCACAAAUAAGUCGAAAUGGAAAACAAAGAAAUUUGGGAUUCUAGGAAUUGCUAGGGUCUCUAUGAGAUGUUCUCUGCCACUAUGUUUACAGGUGGAGAUUGCGCUACACCAAAUAUCCUAGCCCCACCCCAGCUCUGGUUCUCUCUUGCACACAACCUCCUUAAGAAGGGAGAGUAGAAAUGGGUGGGUUUCCCUUCUUUUACAGCCAACCCUGUCCUCUUCCCAACCAGCUGGGGCUGAAUUAUUCUGAUUCUCAUAUCCUCACUUGGAAUAGCAACUUUUCCUGUAUCUUUAUGGAGAGCUGCAUCAUUUCCUCUGUGAUUCCUGCAAAACAAGCGUCGUUCCUGAAUGCAAACAUUGGUGUCCUAAUCACACUAACCUUUACAUUCCGAAAUAGUCUUCUGUGGCUUUUUUGUGGAUGAUUGAUACUGAAUAUAAAGAAUAAAAUAUUUAUGCUAAAA